UGCGCAGUGCGGCCCCGGGGCGGCGAGCGGGGUCCUUCCCUCUCCGUCCCCCCCGUGUCGUGUCCCCCCCCCCCCCACUCACACAACCUCCUCCCCGUCCGUCUUCGCUUCCUGCGUGCGUGGGCCCGGAGCGGGCGGGGUUUCCGGGAGCGCGGGCGCCGGCGGUGUUGAUAAGGCGGAACGGGGAGGGGGGAACGGGGAGGGGGGACCGGGGGGGGGGGGGAAGCCCCACCGCUACCGGGAUGAGCGUCCGGCGGAGCCUGCGGCGUCCAUGACAGGUCGUCUCCGCUCUCACCGCUUCUUCCGCAGCCGCCGGCGUUAGCCGCCACCUUCCCGGUCCCGCGGCAGAGAGGGGGUUAGAGCCCGCGGCACCACCAUGAACGAAGUGUCGGUCGUGAAGGAGGGCUGGCUGCACAAGAGAGGGGAAUACAUCAAAACGUGGCGUCCCCGCUAUUUCCUGCUGAAAAGCGAUGGUUCCUUCAUCGGCUACAAGGAACGGCCGGAGACGUCCGACCACAGCUUGCCGCCUCUGAAUAACUUCUCGGUAGCGGAGUGCCAGCUGAUGAAGACUGAGCGGCCUCGACCCAACACCUUCGUCAUCCGAUGCUUGCAGUGGACGACGGUCAUCGAGAGGACUUUCCACGUGGACUCUCCCGAAGAGCGCGAGGAAUGGAUGCGAGCCAUCCAGACGGUAGCAAACAGCCUGAAGAACCAGGAACCAGCGACGGACGCGAUGGAUUACAAAUGCGGAUCUCCUAACGACACCACCGGCGCCGAGGAGAUGGAGGUGGCCGUCAGCAAAACCCGCGCCAAGGCCACCAUGAACGAUUUCGAUUACCUGAAGCUCCUGGGAAAGGGAACUUUCGGCAAAGUCAUCUUGGUGCGGGAAAAGGCCACUGGCCGCUAUUACGCCAUGAAAAUCCUACGGAAAGAGGUCAUCAUUGCGAAAGACGAGGUGGCGCACACUGUUACGGAGAGCCGGGUGCUGCAGAACACUAGGCACCCCUUCCUCACUGCGCUGAAAUACGCCUUUCAGACGAACGAUCGCCUUUGCUUUGUCAUGGAGUACGCCAAUGGCGGAGAGCUGUUUUUCCACCUCUCAAGAGAACGCGUCUUCACGGAGGACCGAGCCCGUUUCUACGGCGCAGAAAUAGUCUCUGCACUGGAGUAUUUGCACUCCCGGGACGUGGUGUACAGGGACAUCAAGCUGGAAAACCUCAUGCUGGACAAAGACGGCCACAUCAAAAUCACCGACUUCGGGCUCUGCAAGGAAGGCAUCACGGAUGGAGCCACCAUGAAGACUUUCUGCGGCACUCCCGAGUACCUGGCUCCGGAGGUCCUGGAGGACAACGAUUACGGCCGCGCUGUGGACUGGUGGGGCCUGGGGGUCGUCAUGUACGAGAUGAUGUGCGGCCGCCUCCCCUUCUACAACCAGGACCACGAACGUCUCUUUGAGCUGAUCCUCAUGGAGGAAAUCCGUUUCCCUCGUACGCUCAGCCCCGAAGCCAAAUCCUUGUUGGCCGGGCUGCUCAAGAAAGAUCCCAAACAGAGGCUCGGCGGAGGUCCCAGUGACGCCAAGGAGGUUAUGGAGCAUCGCUUCUUCGCCCCCGUCAACUGGCAGGACGUGGUUCAGAAGAAGCUGGUGCCGCCGUUCAAGCCCCAAGUGACGUCCGAGAUCGACACGCGGUAUUUCGACGACGAGUUCACCGCCCAAUCCAUCACCAUCACGCCGCCGGAUCGCUAUGACAACAUGGGUUCCCUGGAGAACGACCAGCGGACGCACUUCCCCCAGUUCUCCUACUCCGCCAGCAUACGGGAGUAACCGGCAGCAGCGGGAUUUGGCCUCCGAGGAGGAGGAGGAGGGUUUGGGGGUUCGCUCACGGCAAGGCGGGGGGGGGGGGGAAUUUCCCUUCCGUGCCCGGCAGCCGGGGAGCGGGAUGCUGCGGCUCGCCGGUGUCGCGCUGCGGCGCCUUUUGGAAGCCGGACCCCUCCCAAGUGCUCUUGCUCCGUGGCGCCGAGCUGCGCCUCCUGCCCCUAGCCUAGGACUGCUUUGAUUUUAAUUAUUAUUAUUAUUAUUUUUAUUUUUUAAAACUCCUAGAAGUGCUCGCAGCUUUUUUAAACCAACCCCCGUGGCCUUGACACCCCCCCUUCCCCCAGAAAGCUCGGCCAACCCUCCGCCCAGUAAAACCCACUGCUCCCAGUUGGGAGAGAAGCUGUUUCGACAGCGGAAGGGAGGGGAAAACAAACCAGAACCGCGGCUGGGAUCCCAAAUCCGGCUGCCCCAAGAAGGGGGGAAACCCCCGAGACUGUCGCGGGGCCCCUCAAAUCCUCCCGGCUCUGCUCUGAACCGAACUGAACUCACGGCAACCGAAAACCAACCGUAACCACCGAAUCGGCGGAGGGGGAACGCCGCGGCCCUAAGGAAAACACGACCCUAAAAGCAAUAGUUUGGCUUCUCCGGUGCCUUAAAGCCAAGAGUCGCGGUGACGCCGGGCUCGCUCACGCCGGCCACGUCCUCCGGUGAACAACGGCAGCACCAGAACGCUCCCAGCGCGGAGGGACGGGGCUUUUGUCGACGCGACAUCCCCGGCUGCCUGAUCCGCGCCCGACGGUAGACGCCACCGUUACCGCGCCAGCGCGGCACAACGCCGGUGGGACGCGGCACAACGCCGGUGGGACGCGGCACAACGCCGGUGGGACGCGGCGUUUGGGGAGCGCCGCCUUCGCCGCAGCACCCGCACCGGCACGCCGGGCCCAUGACAAGCUGGACUUGCCGCCCGGCAUCUCGUGGCGCAGCCGACGCCGCGGUUUGGAGGUAGGAAUUUGGUGCCUGGUGCCGCUUCCCUGCGGGGAGGAACCGAGAAAAGUCGCUUUUUCUUACUUAGUUCCUAGUUGCCCAAAUUGAGUUGAAUUAACUUAAAAAAGAAUACAGGAGUGGGGAAGGGAAUGACACCCCCCCCCCCUCGACGAGGCGGUGGUGGCCGCGGUGGCCCCGGCGCGGUGGCAGUGGCCAGCCGGCAGCUCUCGCCUACCCUCAAAUUUGUACGGUACAAGCAAUAAAAUGGGGGAUUUUUUGUUC